CCUAGCCCCCGUGUCGUUUUCGACCACUGCACGCUGCACGUGGGACUACCAGCCCGCCCGUACAGUGGACGUCCUGCCAAAAGUUGGCGCCAACGAUUAUGGGCGGGAGAUCGUGGCGAUGCUGUGAUAAAAUUUGGCGCCAACGAGUUUCGUUGCGCGCGAAAGGUUGUCUGGAGAUCCUGGCGGGGAAUUUUGGAAUUUUGGUUCAUGUAUAUAUCGUCAAAUAGAACUGCCCGGUAAACCGUAGGCAGAGAGGGAGAAGAGGAUGUAUAUGGUUACACAGUCACUAGGAGGUUGGUUUGUCACGGGCGUGUGGUUCCGCAGCAGGCGCGGAAGGUCAGCGCACGUGCAGCAGGGUCGGGAGACCGGGUGACAGCGGACGGACGUGUCACGCGCGCGCGCGCUCGCUCGUGCUCAACGGAGGAAGCUCUGCAUAUCAUAUCAUAUCUACAAAAAUGAUUACGCAGGCGAUUGGGUCGGCGGCGGCCCCUUUGACGCUUUUGCAUGCAUCUCCUCCAGCGGAGCGAAAACUACCCAACCCGGAAACUAUACUGCCUGCCCAGCAUGCACUGGAAGAGAAAGAGGAGGUGCAAGGGACUGCUGUUGAAAACUGUGAUGAGCCAAGCACAAGUGGUAUUGCUGUCCCUAGCCCUUUUGAGGUUCAGUCUUUGCUGAUGCAGCUGUGCGAUGAGACGAGCAUUGCGGAGUUGAGUCUGAAGGUGGGAGACUUCCAACUGCGUGUGCUCAGAGAUGUGAACAAUCUUGGAAAGCCGAAGAAGGCCGCUUACCAGGUCCCCAUCUCUGCACCACAUGUGCCUGGAGGGCCCAUGAUGGAAGCUAUGGAGUCCCCAGCUUCAGCUAAUGGUAAAGCACUAUCUCUUCCAGCUCGUCCAAUGCAAAGCUUUGAAGUUGACACAGAGGAGGAGGAGGAUGAAGUGGACGAGGGUCUGCUUUGUGUCCUCUCGCCGAAGGUUGGAGUUUUUCGACGAGGGAGGUUCGUCAAGGGGAAGAGAGGUCGCCCGAUGGUUGUGGAGGGACAAAUGAUCAAGACUGGGCAGGUCAUCGGCUACUUAGAGCAGCUUGGAACGCAACAGCCCAUUGAGGUUGGGUUACAGAGUUGCACCACCUUGCGCCAGCUCCGGCCAGCAUCGCUCCAGUAACGACCCCCGAUGACCACUGAGGCUGCCCCGGCAAACAGCCCCCCAGAUCUCUGUACCAGGCCUCACGCCCCCAAUAAG